UCACUGUUUGUAUUGAAAUGAUAGUAUGAUACUCAGUUGAAAAAUUUAUUAUAUUUUGCUUCUAAGUCUUCUGUUGUUAUUAAGUUGUUUAAAAAUAGUAAAAAUGGAAAAAUCGGGAUAAUGUGUGUCAUGUUUAAUUUUCCUGAAAGAUAGUUAUUACAAUAAUGUUAAUUUGUAAAGGUUAUUCAUUGGGUUUAAAUAUUAAUUUACUGCGACGCACCCUCAUAUGUUUUCAGGGUCAUCACAUAAAUAGAUAUGAAGGUAACAAUUCAAGUAUUCAUUGUCAGUGUCAAGUCACGGGCCAACAAAGUCGAAAUUUUUUCAACUUUUCGAAGCCCAGUCGUAAAAGAGAAUACAGUGGAAGGCAACUUGUAGGAUAUUCCAUGGACCAGAUGUUUGAAGUUGUAUCAGAUGUAGAGAAUUACUAUACAUUUGUCCCGUGGUGCAAACAAUCCAUUGUAUUUAAGAGAGGACCUGGACACCUUAAAGCGGACUUGAUUGUUGGUUUCCCUCCAAUAAAUGAAAGUUACACAUCUAAUGUUACCAUGGUAAAACCUUAUUUAGUAAGGGCUGAAUGUGUGGAUGGCAGGUUGUUCAAUCACAUGUUAACUCUAUGGAGAUUUAGUCCCGGGUUAAAAAGAGAACAACAAUCCUGCGUUGUAGAUUUUCAAAUAUCUUUUGAAUUUAAAUCAGCUCUCCAUUCUCAACUGUCAAACUUAUUCUUUGACCAAGUUGCAAGACAAAUGGAAGGUGCCUUUAUUCGAGAGGCAGGAAAAAGAUAUGGCCCUGCUAAAAUGCAGCCAAAGAAUUUACUGCUCAAUAACCAAACACUUAAAAGUUGACGAUAAUCAAAAUUCAUAGAAAAAUUACAAAGCAUGUAUUUAUUUUUAGCUAAUUAA